CGACCGUUGUUGGCCCGGCGCGUUUCCGGUCACGUUGGGUAGUCUCAGCGGUGCUGCCAUUGGCCUAGUUUCCGUUUGUCGCCGUUUACCGCUCCAGCAUGCCGCGAUUUUUCUGCCUCGUGCUCGUCGUCUGGGGAUGACGGCGCUCCUGGAUCAUCCAUCGGCCGCGGCACUCCUGCAUCUGCAGAUCCCGCAUGCCCAUCCGCUGCGUCCGGCAGCGGCCAGUCAACUCAACUGCCACGCCGGACACUGGCGCACCAAUAAUCAUCUGUACUACGACAAGGAUCCCGGCUACGAGGGGGCGCCCCCGGAGGCGGUGGUGGGCGACAGCCAUAGUACAGGUGCGAAUAAAUCCCUGAUCAGCCCGUUCGUGGAGACCAAACAGCUGUUCGGAUGCGAGCGCGCCUGCCCGACCCUGUCCAGCAGCAGCUGCUCACCGCCGAACAGCGCCGGCGCGCCCAUGUUCAAUCCCCCGCACUCCAAAGCGCCCCCCUACCCCACACCCUCCCCCACCACCACCGCCACCCCCGCCGCGCCCCGCCCAGCCCGCCGCCCUGUCCCCCUACCCUUUCCGGCCGCCUACCGCCAGGGCGGCGGCAGUCCGCACGACCAAAGCAGCCUCUUCCCGCACCAGCGCCCGGCCGGCGCCCGCGUCCGCGAGACCAUCCACACCAAACAGCCCUGGGGCGCCGAGACCCAUGACCAUGCCCAUGCCGUCAUCCUGGAGCAGGCCACCAUGAUCUCCGUGGCGCAGUACCGGCGGGUGGCGGCCGGCCAUGACCCGGCGGGAACCACCGCGUUGUUCGAGUACCCGGCUGUCCCGCAUCCCGGGAUGUCGGAAGCGGCCGGCGGACCCUCCAGCGAUCUCCUGCAACUACGCACACACUCCGCGCAUCACCUCCCCACCUCCGCCCGCACCGUUAAACUGGAGCCGAGGACCAGCCCGACGGAGAUGCAGCACUACGGGGGCGGCGACUACAUGCAGUCCCCGCAGCAGUCCAUGCAGUCCGCGCACUACGGCUACGAAUACCCGCCGUCGGCCUACCUCCCGCUGCCCGGCGGUGGCGUGGAGCAGACCUCCGAGAUGCAGUUGUUUGUGGCGCCCCACGAGAGUAUGCAGCACUUCGGAACCUAUCAGCAUGAAACCCACGCGGUGUACCCGGGGAAUCCCCGGGGCGCCGGCAGUGGGAUGACCUUUGGCGGUGCCAGCAAUAUGCCCAUGAAGCCGGUGUACGGGAUGGGCGGGAUGCAGGCCGUGGGGGCACUGAUGCCUCCCGGAGGCGGGGGUGCCGGUCCGGCCAAUGUGCCCAUGGGAAUGCGGCGGGGAUCGGCCGGACGACAGGCCAAGACGCCCAGUCAGGACCGGCCGUACGGAUGCCCCAUGGAGCACUGCGAACGGCGGUUCUCCCGGAGUGAUGAGCUGACCCGACACCUCAGGAUACACACCGGCCAAAAACCCUUUCAGUGUCGCAUCUGUCAUCGUGCCUUCUCGCGCAGCGACCACCUGACCACCCACGUGCGGACGCACACCGGCGAGAAGCCCUUCAGCUGCGACAUCUGCGGCCGGCGUUUCGCCCGCUCCGACGAGAAGAAGCGCCACACCAAGGUCCACAUGAAGCACCCCAAGACGGCUGGAUCCCUGGUGCCCACCGGCUCGUCCUCCUCGGGGCGGCAGCCGCGGACGUAACCAACCAGUGCACAGCAAUGCUCCCAGUGCAUUUUGCCCAAUGCGUCACACGUCCAGGUGCUGUACUGUUUCACCACAAUCGGAUGCAUGACUCAGCUGCUUCUUAGCCUGUAGCGUUACUUAUUUUCUUGGACUAUUUUCUAGAGUAUUUGUAUUUAAAUUUUUGCACUGAUUGGGAACUGAAAUUAUCUUAGCCAAAGGAUGCUGCGUAUUUGCCGUGGCGUCGUUAAAUUUUGAAAUAAUAAUUUUUUUCUAAAUAUUUGCCGACGAUCCGAUCCCGGUCUGUUUGUCUUGAGUCUGUGAUGCUUUGGCAGUCGACACUCGACACCGUCCCCAUGGUCUCUGCAAUAAGUGCACACGACCUUUAUGCUCCCAUCCGCGGACGAUCUGAUCAUCAGCAUGUAUGUUUGUAUUCUCAA